AUGCUUUUCAAAACACGCAGAUCGGUCCCACCAUUCCGGACAGCCAUACAUACACCACAACGCCACACCACCUCCCGUUCCAUCACCAUGGCCUCCACAAACGGCAGGUCCACACCUGCAGAAGGCCGCAAACUCAAGAUCCUCAUGCUCCACGGCUACACCCAAUCCGGUCGCCUGUUCGAGAUCAAGACUAAAGCCCUGAAAAAGUCCCUUGAAAAGCACUUCCCUGCUGCCCCCAAGCCCGGCCACCUACAGCAGUACCCCGGCGGCAUCGAUUUGGUCUACCCCACAGCACCUAUGAAGCUCGAAUAUAGCGACAUCCCAGGCCACGAUACAGAUGGUCCCUCCGAUAAUUUGGAAGCGUGCGGCUGGUGGAAACGACGAGGCGACGAUGAGCCGUAUACUUACGAGGGGAUGGAAGUAGGGCUGGAGGCGAUUGCGAAAGUGCUAAAGGAAGGAGGUCCGUUCGACGGAGCGUUGGGAUUCUCGCAAGGUGGUGCUGCAGCGGGGAUGGUCGCCGCACUUCUGGAGGAUGGGAGAAGGGAGGCCUUUGAGAAGCAUCAAGCGAAAGGCGGAAUGCAGUAUCCAGAUCCAUUCACAAAUGAUAGCGGAUACGUGGAAGAUGCGAUCCAUCCUCCCCUGAAGUUUGCUGUGAGUUAUUCUGGUUUUGGCGCGAGUACACAUCCGCUGUAUCAUGGGUUUUAUGAGCCGAAGAUUCGGACGCCGAUGCUGCAUUUUAUUGGGACGGUGGAUACGGUCGUGUCGGAGGAGAGGAGUUUGAGGUUGGUGGAGGCUUGUGUGGAUGGGAAGGGGAAGGAAGGUGGGGUGCCGAGGGUGGUGUAUCAUCCUGGUGGACACUUCUUGCCGAGUAGUGGGAAGCAGUAUGUGGCGGCGCUGGUGGCGUUUAUCAGGGAAGUGCUUGGAGAGCAGGCGGAUGGGGGUAUGCCUGGAAGUGGGAUUGCGACGCCGAGAAAGGAAGAGAGGGUGGAGGACAUGGAAUUGCCGUUUUGA